AUGGAGCAUCCAGAUAUUUCGACCAUUUCGUUCGUCUCGCCCAACGACCUAAAUCGUUUCCGACGGAUCCACGACAUUCCUUCUUCAAUCGAGCUCGUCGUCCUGGAUAGAGGAGAGACACCGAAGACGGUUCGGGCUGGCUACAGCAUCGGCUACACUCCGUUUUUUUACGCAUGCGGGCUUUCUUUCCCCAUCCCUCCGAGUCUUCUCACAAUCUUGGCGGAUUUGGGGCUGGCGUUUCCCCAAAUGAACCCUAACUUCGUCCGUCAUGCUUUGGUGUUACUGGUUAGGGCAGCCGAGGCAAGAAUCCCCUUCGGAGUCGAGCAACUCCACAGGAUGUGCUCUAUCAAGAGCAAUUCUUCUUUUCCGGGGUCUUUCUACCUAUCUCCUCGAAAGACUCGAAGUGUUUUCGAAGAUAUCCCAGCUCGCGAUGAUCGUUGGAAGGAGAAAUACUUCUUCUUCCGGGUUAACGCGCACUCCGUCGGAUCUUUCGAUUUUGAUCGGUUGCCCACUGUUUGGGCUCCGAGAGUUGUUGUUCCGACGAACAUCGGCCUAGACAAACCAUUGAUCGCUGCUUUGAAGGACGGUGAUUGCUCGUGGCCCAACUUCACAAGGGAGAGGAUCCGUCGCGCUCUCGGAACUGAUAACCCGCAGCCAGCCGUUAUUUCGGAGCCUGAAAUUGAUCCGUUGAACCCGCCGUCCAUUAAUCGUCCGGCCAACUUUCACCAGAUCCCGAUUGGUACUAGCUGUCGGGGAGUUCUGGACGCAACCUCUUCAAGCACUUCGCACCAUUCCUUGAUCCGUAGAGCAUCUAAAGGAAAAAUGACGAGGAGGCCAUCAGCUCGCGAGGCCGAAAAGGCAAGGAAGAACCGGGCUCAAGCUGGGAGCUCGGGAGCUGUUCGCACUGGUGAGAUUCGUCGCGCUGUGAGCGACGCACUUGAGCAAGCCUCUAGGGCUUACGAGACUCCGGCCACCGGUCUUCCCGCUGACCCCACAUCGAGGGUUAUCUCGCUUAGUUCGCGAGAUUCUGAGAGGACUUCACGUCCCAAGAAGCCAAGGGUGGAGGACCCAGCUCCGGACAGGAGGUCGAACUCCUCGAACGGGUCAGGUGGAUCGAUCCCGUAUGGUUGGACAUUCAACCAUACCAAAGGGUGCCCGAUCGCUGACGAUCCAGAGGGGGUAGCCUUUUUUUCCGGCACUUCAAGCCUCCGGGUUGCGUGCUGCCCCCGGUUCGAGAUAUGGCGGAACAUGCCGCCUAUGUGA